AUGGGAAAUGAGAGCAGCACACCAGUCGAUGAGGCAACGCCUCCCACGACUCUCAUAGCACGAAAUAUGGAUGCCGUCGCCCGCUACAUCAAAGAGCGAGACUGUAAGAGGAUAGUAGUUAUGACCGGCGCCGGAAUCAGUACUUCCGCCGGUAUCCCGGAUUUCAGAUCACCAGAGACAGGACUGUACGCCAACCUGGCUCGCCUGAAUCUACCAUUCGCAGAGGCCGUAUUCGAUGUCAGCUACUUCCGGAACAACCCACUGCCAUUCUACACUCUUGCUCAUGAAUUAUAUCCCGGCAAAUAUCGGCCGACCGUUGCACACUCAUUCAUUAGCCUGCUCAACAAGAAAGGCAUGCUUUUGAAGCUCUUCACACAGAACAUCGAUUGUCUCGAGCGAGAGGCUGGCGUUCCAGGCGACAAGAUUGUGGAGGCGCACGGCUCUUUCGCCACUCAACGAUGUAUUGAAUGUAAAACAGAAUAUCCUGGUGACAAGAUGAAAAACAUGGUUGCCCAGAAGGAGGUGCCACAUUGUGUCCGCAAGGUUUGCGAUGGACUUGUCAAGCCUGAUAUUGUCUUCUUUGGGGAGGCCUUGCCGGAAGCCUUUCAUCGGAAUCGCAGCCUGCCUGCAGGUGCUGAUCUGGCUAUCGUCAUGGGGACGAGUCUCACAGUCCAGCCAUUCGCGAGUCUGCCGUCGUUCGUGAGUGAAGGGACUCCACGGAUCUUGAUCAACCUGGAAAGAGUAGGCGGGCUUGGUUCUCGACCAGACGAUGUUCUGAUGCUCGGCGACUGCGAUGAGGGCAAAGCGCAGUCUGAGGUUCCCGAAGUACCCAAGUCGAAGCAAGAAGCACUGGAAGAUGAGAUCGAGAAGCUGACCAAGGACAUUGAUCAAUCUCUCAAGAUCAACCAAGACACCAGUCAAGCGCUUGAGAAGUUGUUGUCAGAUUCGCAAUCGACGUCGAACGAGCAAGACGGAGUGCUCACCGUCCCCACGAAGACAAUUCGUGAUGGAAAGAGCGGUCUGGCGCAUGUGUUCCCGCAUCUAGGCACCAAAGACAAGAAGACCGACAAACCAUCGCUGUAA